AAAAAGGCUUUGAUAACAACGAAAAAAGCUCCUGGUAGCAGAAAAAUCAGAUGACACUCCUUCAACAAGUGGCAAUGAAUUUCUCAGUGCAGCAGAGGCCUUUGGUAAAGCCAAGAAACUACUACAGCCUCAAGUAAAGAAAAGGCAAUUUCCAUUGAAUGAUAAACGUUUGGACCAUGGCAAAUCAUUAUUGAAGGUCAGAAUGGCUCCCAUGGAGUGGAAACCAAGAACUCCGAGAAGGUGUGGACGGUACCAGAAGUUAAUAAUGGACGAAGCUCCACCUCGAAUCAUCCUGCAAGGCCAUGAAACCUAUGAUGAUUUAAUUACCAUAGCCAAAGAACGCUUCUGGCCAGAGCGUACUGAGGGGAGUGAGUUCACUCUUUGUCAUUCUGACGGGACCAGGUGGAGUAAGGAGGAUUUCCACAAAGAAUACAGAACUGUUUCUGAUAUUACACAUCUGUGGAAAAGAACACUAUACAUCGGGCGAAGACAACUGGAGGUCGUGUGUUUGGAUGAUCAAAGUUCCAUCUCAGAUGAAGACCCUGUAACUAAAGUGGGUGGUGAUGAAAGUUGCAGUUUAGAUGAACUUCCUGAAACCCUCAUAGGACAAAAUGUUGCAGAACAGGAUUUCCAUCCAGAAACAUCCAGCUCAGGUGAAUUUGAAACAGGGAGAGUCAGAAAGAAAAGCCAGUCCAAGCAAAGGAAGGAGGAAAAUGUAGGGUCAUCUCUAGGUCCAGGUGGAGCAGUGAGCCAAGACAUGUUACCACAUGCAGUUAUUGAGGCAAAAGAAGCUAUGGAGGGAGCUGAAGAGCUAUCUGAAGGUGCUGGAAAUAGUGAGCUUUUGAUAGAUUUUGCAGAGUCCUUCAACACAACUCCAAAGUCGCCAUCAUUGUAUCUUCCACGUGUUCCAUAUGUGGAAGAGGCUUUAAUUACAUACAGCGAGGACAAUCUACUGGGAGAAGGGACAUUUGGCAAGGUAUAUAGAGGUUCUUUUCAUGGUACUCCAGCAGCUGUUAAAAGGAUCGUGUGUGGCCAACAAGGGAUGGAGGACAGCGACAUUCAUCAUGAGAUAAAUGUUUCACUGAGACUGUCUCACCCCAACAUCGUCAGACUAAUGGCAGUUGCCCGCACUGAGUCCUGCUUUUUGUUGGCAGCUGAAUACAUUCAUGGCGCAACCCUGCAGCAAGUGCUUCACACAGACAGCUGCUUGGUGAAGCUUGAAGGGGAUGAUGCCGGUUUCAUAUCACUGGACUUAUCCAUGGCAGUAGAGUACAUCCAUGCACAGAGAAUCAUUCACCAGGAUAUAAAGCCAGCAAAUGUCAUGGUUCACCACCCUUCUAAGAAGGCAGUCCUGACAGACUGGGCAUGGCAAACAUAAGAGACACUGUGAUGCUUCGUCAAGGGAGUAAGUUCACUGCCCAGGUUAUUGGUCCAGCUGGUGGCACAUAUCUUUACAUGGCUCCUGAAUGCAUACUGAUGUUUGAAGAGGCCUCGUUCCAGACAGACAUGUGGUCCCUCGGAGCCACAUAUCUGGAGAUCCUGACGGGGUCCGCUCCGUGGACUGUUAAAAACAAAGAGAACUGGCUGCACUAAUGGCCACCAAAACCCCACCACAUGCCCUAUCACAUCUCAGUGACAAACAGUUUCUUGGUGGUUUGGUGAGCUAUGACCCAGACUCAAGGCCUUCCGCAUCUGAUGUUGUUAAGUUUCUCAAGUCAGGCCUUGAUCUUACAAGCCGAUAUGGCUACAAGUGGUAAUGUUGCUACAGUCUGCAGUUCAAAAGUCUUUCAAUGUUAAUUAUGUUAUACAUUAGGGUUAACAAAAGUUGUGUUAAAUGAAACACUGAAUCAUUAUGAAAGAUGGCACCUUGUCAAUUGUUUUUCAACAUUUUAUUGUACAUUUUGUUGGUCAGACAGUUUUCAAAUUACCUGUUGAUUGUAAACAAGGAUAAAUAAAUGUUAACAAACAAUGUUGUAUGAUUUAUUGGUCAUUGGAAAUGUUUACUGGUGCACCUUCCAUCCUCUGUCUCUUCAGAAAGAUGUAUAUGUCAUUUGCCUCUGCAAACGUAGAAGGUGUAGGAACUGCAUUUCUGUUCAUGGCAGUUGUCAGCUCUUGGACUAGCAUGAGGUAUGCAGCAAGGCAACCAUCAGGUGUGCAGGGAAA